AUGCAUCGGGUCACUUGUCUCGUCUCGCUGCUCCUCCUCGUGGGCUCAGCGCUAGCCGCCACGCUCUACGAGGACCUCAGCCACGCUUUCGCCAUGGUGAACGCAGCCCGCCAAGCCAAGGGCAUACCAAAGCUCUCUUGGGACGCCAACCUGGCCAGCGACGCCCAGGCAUGGGCCAACGCCAUGGCCACUGACAUGGUCAAGUUCUCUCACGCCCCCAGCCAGUAUCGCCAGAACCAGGGCGAGAACAUCUACGAUAGAGAAUCCGGCCAGGGAGACGUCGAGUACGACAAUCCGGUGACGACGGCCAUGCAGGGCUGGCUUAGCCAAGCGCCGCUGUACGAUGACAAGCCCGUCACGGGCAACGAAAAAUGGCUGCACUGGUCGCAGUGCAUGUGGUCCAACACGACAUCCAUCGGCUGCGCUCGCGCCUAUAGCAUUUCAGUGGCCUACAAGGUUUACGACGUCUGUCGCUUCUCUCCUCCGGGCAAUAUUGUUGGAGAGAAGCCGUUUUAG